ACAGCUCCUGACAGGAGGGGACAGCCGGGGGGGUCGGGCUCUGCUCCCAGGGAACGGAGACAGGACAAGGGGAAAUGGGUUUAAGUUGUGCCAGGAGAGGUUUAAUUUGUGUAUAGAUAGGAUAGAUGGGGAAAUUUCUUCAUGCAAAGCAUGCUCAGGCACGGUCACAGGCUGCCCAGGGCAGUGGUGGAAUGCCAGCCCUGGAAGUGCUCAAAAAGCCGUGUGCAUGUGGCACUUGAGGACAUGGCUUAGUGGGGGUGGUGCUGCUGGGGGAAUGGCUGGACUUGGUGGUCUUAGAGGGCUUUUCCAAGCUUUACAAUUCCAUGGUUCUAUGAUUCUUUAGAUCCUGGCCCUAACCCUCCUGCAAGGAUCGUGGGAUGCUCAGGUGUGGGUGUGCCAUGGGAUCAGUCCCCCUUGGCACCCUGUGGCCACAGGACAGCCUCUGGGGUGAGACUGUGGCCACAUCCCACCAUUCACCUUUGCUUUUCUAACCAAAGUUCUGGAAUAAUCAGCCCUGGGGUUCUGUAUUCAUUUGUUGCAUUAACACAUUUUAGGUGGUGUUUAUUUUGUUUGUUUUGGUGACCUGGGAUCAUUGCAUUGGUGCUCUCAGGGAAAGGUGGAUGUUUUCAGCAGAAAUAGGUGGAUCUCAAAGAUUUUAGGCACUUUACAAACAGGGACUGCAUGAGCAUUGGUGUGUGUCCCUGCAGUGUCACUGCCAUGGUACUGAAGGUGUUCUUUCCAUCGUGCUGCUCCUCAGCAGACAGCGGCAUUUUGAUCGGCCGCUGGAUCUCGGAGCAGAACUCUGCUGUCAUCCUUGCUGUGGUGCACUUCCCCUUCAUCCCUGUGCAGGUGAAGCAGUACCUUGGGGAAGUCCAGCGUGUGACUAAAGUCAGUGUUUCUGUGCUUGGCUCAUGGAGCAAUAGCAAACAGGAGAAAGAAGAGAGUCUCAGUGAGUUCUUGGAAGACCUUGGGACCAUAUUCUGCCAUGAGCCAUGGAUCCAGAUAAGCAAAGAGGGAGACAGCAAAUUCUGGAGCUGUUCUGUCCUUCAGAAGCACUCUAAGAACCCUCAGGAGGAAGAAAUCAUCUUGGUGUACUAUGACCAGCGCAAGGUCAUGCUUUCCCAUCUGCACCCCCCUUUGGACACAGCUGGCCAGGGGGCAGAGGAUGCCUCAAAGCUCUCGGCCAUCUUUGACACGGUGGCCAGGAGCCAGGUGCUGUUCAUGACAGACAGGUACGACGAGGGGCCCAUCAAGCUGACCCACUGGCAGUCGGAGGGGGUGGAGGCCAGCAUCAUCGUGGAGCUGCUGAAGCAGGCCUCUGUGCCUGCCUGCAUGCUGCUGACACUCCUGCUCUCUCUGCUCUCUGGGAUCUGCAGGAGCAGGGUGCUGAAGUUUUGGCCUUUGUCUUUCUUGUGGAGCAAACUCUCAACCUGUGAGCAGCUGGGACACCGCCUGCAGCACCUCCAGGUCAUCAGCAGCAACAAGAAGGCUCAAAACCAAAAUCAGCUGAUGAGGAAAGCCAACAUCUUUGUGUCUCUGCUGAUUGAUGUGGCCCUGGGGAUACUGCUGAUGUCGUGGCUGUACAGGAAGAACCGCAUUGGUCACCUUGCUGACACCCUCAUCCCUGUGGCUGAUCACGUGGCUGAAGAGCUGCAGGACCUGCUCCAGUGGCUGAUGGGAGCCCCAGCUGGACUGAAAAUGAACCGAGCCUUGGAUCAAGUCUUGGGCCGCUUCUUCCUUUAUCACAUCCAUCUGUGGAUCAGCUACAUCCACCUGCUGUCCCCGUUCAUUGAGAUGAUCCUGUGGUACGUGGGGCUGUCGGCCUGCCUGGGGCUGACCGUGGCUCUCUGCAUCCUGUCCGACAUCAUCGCGCUCCUCACCUUCCACAUCUACUGCUUCUAUGUCUACGGGGCCAGGCUCUACUGCCUGAAGAUCUACGGCCUGUCCUCUCUGUGGCGCCUGUUCCGGGGCAAGAAGUGGAACGUACUGCGGCAGCGGGUGGAUUCCUGCUCCUACGACCUGGACCAGUUAUUCAUUGGCACUUUGCUGUUCACAAUCCUGCUGUUCCUUCUGCCUACGACUGCACUGUAUUAUUUGGUGUUUACCCUGCUCCGCUUGCUGGUGGUGAUUGUGCAGGGCCUCAUACACUUGCUGGUGGACCUGAUUGACUCCCUGCCUCUUUAUUCCCUCAUCCUUCGCCUCUGCAGAUCCUACAGGCUCGCAGCUGGAGUGAAGUUCAGAGUCCUUGAGCAGCAGGAUGGAAAACCUCUGCGUCUCCUGAUGCAGAUCAACCCCCUCUCCUAUGGAGGUGUGGUCCAGACCUACAGACUGCCCACCUACAGCUGCUAUCCCAGGGACUCCUGGGCAUCUCUCUGCAAGAAACUCUUCCUUGGAGAGCUCAUCUACCCCUGGAAACACAAAGGAGACAAGCAGAACUAAAGACAGUGGAAGAACUUGGGAACUUGACCUGAAAAACUUAACAACUCCUAAUGCUUUGGGACCAAAGGCUGCUCAGAGCCAGCAACUGCUCCAUCCCUUUAAGCAGAUUUUGGUAACAUAGGAAGGGCUGAAUUUUUAAAGGCAAGUAUUUUUAAACGUUAUUUUUCAACUUUCUCCUCCCCUGCCCUGUGUUUAUAUAUUAUGCUAAUGAUUAUUUUGGAAGCAAAAGGUGAAACCCAUCAGUGCCUCAUGAAACCAGCACUCGGUGUCACAGAGGGAGCAGCUCCCAAAUGCUCUGGGGAUGAAUUUCUCCUUCCAUGUCAGCUCACAGGGCCAUAGCAAAUCAGCCCCUCAGGUGGUUUGGAGCCACAAUGCUGUGGUGCCUUCAGCCAGAGCAUGUUUUUAUGCUUCAGACCUCAAUCCAGCUGAUCAAAACCAUGUGGAGAAUCAGCUCGUGGAGUCCUACACUGAAAACUGAACAGCAGGGUGUCUGAGCUCAUGGGAUAUUUAUUAAUUUCUUUUGAGGAGGGCUUGCACUCACCCUCACUGCAGCACCAGAGGUGUUGGAGAGUGAGGCUGGAGGCCCAGAAGCACAGACUGUUUUAUCAUGAUUCUGUGAUUUCUCUUGGGAGAGUGCUUUGGAUACAUUUCCAAAGUGCAUGAGUGCUUGGCUUUCCAUGUUCUGGUCUCAUUUUGAUGUGUCUCCUAUUCUCUCUCUUGGAAAGGGUGCCUGUGCACUGGAGGAUGUCCCACUGGGCAUCAGUGGUUGUGUCAAAUUUAAAUACAGUCCUUACCCAAAAUACAGUCCUGACCCAAAAUACAGUCCUGACCCAAAAUACACUUCCUGCAGCUCUGCUCAUUCCUCUGCCCCAGCUCAGACAAGGCCUUUGAGGUUUCUUAGGGCCAUGUGAGGGAGGCAGGACUACAUGGGCACUACAUGGUGCCCUGUCACCCUGAGCCAGGGCAAAUCCCUGGGAAAGCCAGUGUGGCAAAGCCCCCUCACCAUCUGCCAUUACAGGCUCUGGUGGGACAUCCCUGCCUGCAGAAACUGCAGAGAACAGGCUGUUCUGUGCUUAAAACUCCUGUGCAGCAUCUUCUUGUCCUGGAAUGAUCACUACCUGAGGAAUUCUCUGCACUCCAGGUGUGAAUAACUGCAGGCUGUGAUGUACUCAGUGGAUGAAUGGUGUAAAUAACAUUUUCACUCCAGCUGAAGUCAGAGUCAUGAGCCCCAUCCUCACCUGGCACUGAGCAGAGCAGGUUUACACCUCACCUCCCUCUCAUCUUUCCUGUGGAGCUCCUAAAUGAUAUCCCCUGGUUCCUCCCACGCCUGCACAGUUCAGUUUGCUGACUGCUGUGAGAAACUUUGUUAUUUUUGGUCUUGUGAAAGUAAUGUUUCUAAUAUCCUGGCUUUUAAAAUCUGUCUGUGGGACCAGACAGUUCAUGCUGGUCCUAAUCAAGGUCCUUAGGUGCAAAUGCCAUGAUAUCCCCAGAGACAGCCCAGAGCCACAAACACCAGCAUCUGUGACCUUCCUACUGGGACCCUGCCAGAUGUAUCAGAUGUUCCAGCGUUGGGUUUGUUUACUGAAGGCUGAUACUGACUCUGGCGUGGGGAAAUACCAAACCAAGGAAAAGCUCCUCCUCAAACCUGAGAUCCUGAGUCUUCUGCAAGGGAGAACCUGGAGCAGCCCAGCUGGGCCGUGGCAGCUCCUUGUGCUUGCAGUUCUGUGGCACCCAGAGUGGUGCCUGAGCUGCCUCUCUGCUCCUUGCACUGGCUGUUCUCCUUGCCUGCAGUGGUAUCUGAGCAUCUCAGUUGCUCCUGCUGGAUGUUUGCCAUAUCUCUCCUCUUCCUUUCCAGUCCCUGCUGGAAGAGUCUUCCCCCACCCUUUCCGACUGUGUGCAGGGACAUUGCAGCAGUGCAGCAGACAUCCUGCUCAGGAGCACCUGACCUUAUGUCAUCUCUCUAAUUAGAGUUAGGAUCUGCCUCAUCUUCCACAGCAGCACAGACUGGCCCAGUGCUGGCAUUUCCUCAGGGAAGAGGCUGCUGGCAAGGCCCUGGCUCUGAUUUGUCCUCAGAUCCAUGUUAUCCAGAACAGCUCUUGGAUGAGAAGUAGUUAAAAAUUCCAGUUCUCCCAUUCCUACCAUGCACCCCUUAUAGCAGGCUGCAAGCAGGCUUUGCCAGCCAUCAGUCAAAGACUCUAAUCUUACAGACUUUUUUUAAUACUGCAUUUCCUUAUUAUUAUUUCUCCCACCUUUUGGUUCCCAGUGCUGCCACAAACCCCCUCGUUACAUAGGCAGGGGGUUUGUGAAGGAAAAUGUGAUUCACUGUGUGAAAAACUCUAUCCUAGAGAGAAAUUCUGCCUUGGAGAAAUACUUUCUUCCCCUAACCAGGACAGAGUGUGACAAUGCUGAAAGGAAACCUCAGUAAUUAUUGCACUGAAAGCUCUGGUUAUGGGUUUGGGAGUUUUCCCUGAUGCUGCAGCUGGACUGUGCCCUGUUCAGGCCCACACAAAGACUCUUGCACAAAUACACAGCCCAUAUAUUGACUUCCAGUAGUUAAGGAAAACCUGCAUUUCAUCCUGCAGAAUAUGAGCUGCUUUCCUUCUGCCCUGUGCUGCCUCUUCCUGCUGCUCCAACACCCUCUUCUUGCUUAACUCUAUCCCUCAGUGAUUUAGCCUUUAUGAUGGUCACACCAUCCCAGGGAGCUGCUGGAGGUUGUGAUCAUGUCCUCCAGCCCCUGCUCAUGCAGGGCCACCCAAGGCUGGUCACCCAGGACCGUGUCCAGGUGGCUUUGGGCUAUCUCCAAGGAUGGCAGCUCCAACAACCUGUGCCAGUGGCUGAUGACCCCCACAGUGAAAGGUGUGGCUGGUGACCCCCUCAGUGAAAGGUGUGGCUGGUGACCCCCUCAGUGAAAGGUGUGGCUGGUGACCCUCACAGUGAAAGGUGUGCCUGAUCCCCCCACAGUGAAAGGUGUGGCUGGUGACCCCCACAGUGAAAGGUGUGGCUGGUGACCCCCUCAGUGAAAGGUGUGCCUGGUGACCCCCACAGUGAAAGGUGUGGCUGGUGACCCCCUCAGUGAAAGGUGUGGCUGGUGACCCCCUCAGUGAAAGGUGUGGCUGGUGACCCCCUCAGUGAAAGGUGUGGCUGGUGACCCCUCAGUGAAAGGUGUGCCUGGUGACCCCCUCAGUGAAAGGCUGUUCCCUCUCUCAGCAGGGUUUGAGGUGUUUCAGUUGAUGACUCUCGUCCUGGUGUUGUGCAGAGCUCAGUGACACCGUAACUCAGAUUGCCUCAGGAAUGUGAACAUUGGCAGUGCUGUGCCAUCUCUGCUCCUGUUCCCCCUCUUCAGGCACUGCUAGCAGCCCCAUUGCCUUUUGGGGGAUAAAGCCUUGGUUAGGGGGGUGCCUGUGCAUUGACUCAGAUCCCUUUCCUGCUCCUUGGUCCUUUUCUGGCCUUGGGAGCAGAGAGCCCUUUCCUGCCACACUCCUGCCUGUGCUGAGCUCACAGGGGGAGCAGCACCCCAAACCUGGCAGUGUCCAGGUCUGCAGGGUCAGGGAACAGCCCAGAGUGUGGAGCCCUGGGCUGUGCAGGGGGAGUGUGCUGUGCACACACAGGGGAUGGCUCUGGAUCUCAGCUCAUCUCCCACAUGACAGGAGGCCACAGGGCUUCCCAGCUGGAUUGGGAGCUUUGGGUGCAGGAUAAACACGUUCAGAGCAAUCCAAGCCCCAUGUGGGCAGCUGAUCUGCCUUCCUGGAUGAGAACAGUGCCCACCACCUUUGUCUCUAGCUCACCAUUCUGCAUUAGGGGUUGCUGCAAGAGUCUGUCACCUUUGGCUCCAGCCCUUAUCCACACCUGGGCCUCAAACCAGGAAAGCUCAAACUCCCCAUUUACCAUCUCAGCAAGCUAAAUAUGAGGAGUGUUCCUGCACUGAUGAGUGCUGCAGGUGACAGAACACUCCCCUGCAUCCCAGGCAGGUGCUGGGGAGCAGUGGAGGUGUUUGGGGGAAGCUGCAGAACCCAGGCCCAGCUCAGGGCAGGGACAGGCUGCAGCUCCUCUGCCAUCCACUGUUAUUGAACAUCUGGCACUGGGAAAGUUCCUGAGAACUUCACAGUUCUUGUAAUCAUCCUCCUCACGGUGUUUUCUGGUUUUGAGUAAAGUAUUAUAAAAGA